CUCGAAUUCUUCCUUGAUGCUUCCGAUCCUUUCUCAAGCCCCAGGUGAUUUUAGCAAGAUUCCAACCUUCGCAAAACUUCAUUAACAACCAAAAAAAAAAAUGAUCAACAGCACCCAGCUUGAUGGCGUCGCCCUGGUGGUCGGUUCAGGCAGUGGUAUUGGGAGAGAGGCCGCCUUCUCCCUUGCAGAGGCUGGCGCCAAAGUGGUCGUGUUCGCCGACAUGAACACAGAGACUGCCAAGGCCUCGUCAGAAGAGAGCAAGAAAUAUGCCCGUAACCAGGAGUACCAGACGACCAUCUUCGAGAUGAAUGUCCAGGACGACAAGUCCGUCCAGGCCAUGGUCGACUUCGUGGUCAAGGAGUUUGGCCGCCUCGACUACGCCGUCAAUGCCGCCGGAGUCGACAACGGCGUGCACGCGCCCAUCUCCGAGACUGACAUGGACAACUUCGACCGCAUCAUGAACAUCAACGCCCGCGGGAACCUGCUCUGCGUAAAGGCGCAGGUGGCCGCCAUGCUCAAGCAAGAUCCCAAGACCUGGACCAGCCGCAACGGCACGCGGGACAUUGGCCGUGGUGUCAUCGUAAACGUCGCCUCGGCCAACUCGUACGUCGGCCUGCCCAGCAAGGGGUCCUACACCAUCUCGAAGCACGCAUUCAUGGCAACCACCAAGAUGGCGGCAAUGGACCACAGCCCUCAGGGGAUCCGCGUCAAUGCUGUGUGUCCCACGUGGGUCCGGACGCCGCUGCUGGAUGUGGAGCUCAAAAAGAACCCCGAGGUCCAGGGCAUGAUCUCGGCCGUCGUGCCGAUCAAGCGUGCUGCUGAGUGCGAGGAGGUUUCCGAUACCAUUGCCUAUCUGUGCAGUCCCGCUGCUAGUUACAUCAAUGGCACAGGCCUACUCAUUGACGCUGGGGUGACAACUACAGUGCGUUUGUUCUGA